UGUUCCGUUUAAAUUAUACACCAGAUAGGUGCGAUGAAAUAGUAAUAUUCGAAACAGCGACCUUUCAGUUACUAGCCCAGGGGGUAACAUCCUGGUUCAAUGCACAUAUACUGUUCCCCGAGGGGUUCAGUCCUUCACACCACCUUUCCAACAAUUUAUCCCACUAUCCCUUAUUCUGCAUCUGUCUGAAUAAAGUACAAAACCCUUUAAAAAGAAAAAUGUUUUAAAAUAUAUCAGGGGAGAGCCCAGCAGGAGGUUAGAGGGCUUCAGAUCAUUCAACACAGGCAACCAACCAGCUGCAAUAUGAUUUCUCGUUACAUUUGUUGGUUGAGCCAAUAUGCCUAAAUGUUGAGCAAACUAAAAACGGUACUGCAGCUGGUUGCCUAGAUGUUCUGAAGCUCAAUCAACAUGUUUUUUUUGUGUUUUUUUUUACAGUGUGACAGAGUUGUGUAACUAAAAAAAAAGAUGUGUUCCAAUUAUCACUUCCAAUCUAGAGUGAAAUUCAGGCUGUGGUUUCCACUUUGAAGAACAAACUAGCAAACAGGAAUGCAGCCAAGAUGAGCCAUCAAAGCUGGGAGGAGCACAUCAAGGGCCAGGCCCAACGUGCAGAGGAGCAGAUAAGGAGGGAGUUUAAGAAACUCCAGCAGUUCCUAGAAGAGGAAGAGACGGCCAAGAUAGCAACCCUGCGAGAGGAAGAACAGAAGAAAUCUGAAGUGAUGCGAGAAAGAGCCGAGACAUUGGCCAGAGAGAUCACAACCCUUUCAGAGACAAUUGUAGCUAUCGAUAAGGAAAUGGAAGUGGACAAUAUCACAUUCCUCAAGAACUACAAGGCCAUACUUAACAGAGCCGACUGCACAUUCCCAGAUACUGCAGAUACUGAGGUAGCAUCAGGAGCACUGAUUAACAUGGCCAAACAUGUAGGAUCUCUCAAGUUCAAAGUUUGGGAGAAGAUGCUUGAGUUUGUUGACUACACUCCUGUGAUCAUGGAUCCGAACACAAUGUCCACUAAGUUCACCCUCUCUGAUGACCUCACCACUAUGACAUACUGUGACGAGAGGCAGAGUCUCCCAGACAAUCCCGAAAGUUUUCUUAACAUAGGAGUGUUGGGUUCUGAAGGGUACAGUAAAGGCAUCCAUUACUGGGAUGUGGACGUUGGAGAUAAUGAUAACUGGAUCUUAGGAGUAGCCAAAGAGUCCAUUCCACGCAAGACGCAGGUCAAAACGGAGCCUCGGAGUGGGUUGUGGAUCAUCAAAUACAUCUGUGGGAAAUACAAAGCAGGUAUAAAAUCAUACGUCCAGAUCGAGGUAGACGAGAGACUACGAGUGAUCCGAGUACAACUGGACUGUAACAGAGGGGAGAUGAAAUUCUUUGACCUCACCAAGAACACGAUCCUGUGCACCUUCAAAGACAAAUUCACUGAAAAGAUGUUCCCAUACUUUAACAGUGGAAGUGGGAUUUGCCCACUACGCCUUUUAGGAAAGGCAAAAAUUAGUUAAAUUGCCAGGGUUAAGUGAGGACAAAAUGUACUAACAUAUGAAAUGAUGUAAUGACUUCAUGUACUGACUAGCUGAAGGGUUGUGAAGAUAGUUAAUGACUCAAACUCCAUGUAAUUAACAAUAAAACUCGCCGUUGAUAUAAGACACACUGCCAUCUCAGAAGUAAUGAACAAGUGUUUCAAGCAGUUGAUACAGUAUAUAAAAAAAAUGUAAUGUCAGUAACACAAAUAAAUAAUAUACGUAAUUUUCCAUUGCACCUUUCAAUUCACCCUUGAAUUUCCACAUUCAAAGAAAAAGUUUGAAUUAAAGAGAUCAACUACUAGAUGGGGUUAUCCAGGUCUAUAGAUAUCACUGUUGCUCGAUGCCACAAUGUGCAUACUCAAAGAUUAGGUUCCUCUGA